CCAAUCCAUUCGUUCGUCGAGCUAUUUACUCGAUCGCAGACAUUUCUGUAACACCUCUAACAGAGGGACAAAUAGUCAAUUUUGAAAGAACUUAUUGUCAACCUCUUUCAGAUAUGAAUCUAUCUGAUUCAGAGGGGAAGAACUUGCAUCAGUAUCUCAAUUUCAAUUCAAACAUGGGUUUGAUUCACACUCCAUGUUCUGAGAAAUAUUUACCAUCCGAAAAGAGGAAAAAACAGAGUCUUUAUCGAAAGAAAUGCCUUGAGAAAGGGCAGAUGUAUAGAACCUUUCAACGAGAUAGUGCUUUUUCAACUCUCUCAAAAUGGAAUCUAUUCCAAACAUAUAUGCCAUGGUUCUUUACUUCGACAGGGUACAAAUAUCUAAAUUUGCUAUUUUUAGAUACUUUUUCAGACCUAUUGCCGAUACUAAGUAGCAGCCCAAAAUUUGUAUCCAUUUUUGAUGAUAUUAUGCAUCGAUCAGAUAGAUCAUGGCGAAUUCUUCGGAAAAAAUUGUGUCUUCCACAAUGGAAUCUGAUAAGUGAGAUUUCGAUUAAGUGUUUACCUAAUCUUCUUCUGUCCGAAGAAAUGAUUCAUCGAAAUAAUGAGUCACCAUCGAUAUCGACACAUCUGAGAUCGCCAAAUGUUCGGGAGUUCCUCUAUUCAAUCCUUUUCCUUCUUCUUAUUGCUGUAUAUCUCGUUCGUACACAUCUUCUCUUUGUUUCUCGAGCCUAUAGUGAGUUACAGACAGAGUUCGAAAAGGUCAAAUCUUUGAUGAUUCCAUCAUACAUGAUUGAGUUGCGAAAACUUCUGGAUAGGUAUCCCACAUAUGAACGGAAUUCUUUCUGGUUAAAGAAUCUCUUUCUAGUUGCUCUGGAACAAUUAGGAGAUUCUCUAGAAGAAAUAUGGGGUUCUGCUUCUGGUGGCGGUCCCGCUUAUGGGGUCAAAUCAAUACGUUCGAAGAAGAAAGAUUGGAAUAUCAAUCUCAUCAAUCUCAUAAGUAUCAUACCAAAUCCCAUCAAUCGAAUCGCUUUUUCGAGAAAUACGAGACAUCUAAGUCAUACAAGUAAAGAGAUAUAUUCAUUGAUAAGAAAAAAUGUGAACGGUGAUUGGAUUGAUGAUAAAAUCCAAUCCUGGGUCUGGAACAGUGAUUCGAUUGAUGAUAAAGAAAGAGAAUUCUUGGUUCAGUUCUCCACCUUAACGACAGAAAAAAGGAUUGAUCAAAUUCUAUUGAGUCUGACUCAUAGUGAUCAUUUAUCAAAGAAUGACUCUGGUUAUCAAAUGAUUGAACAACCGGGAGUAAUUUACUUACGAUACUUAGUUGACAUUCAGAAAAAGUAUCUAAUGAAUUAUAAGUUCAAUACAUCCUGUUUAGCAGAAAGACGGACAUUCCUUGCUCAUUAUCAGACAAUCACUCAUUCACAAACCUCGUGUGGGGCUAAUAGUUUUCAUUUCCCAUCUCAUGGAAAACUCUUUUCGCUCCGCUUAGCCCUCUCCCCGGGUAUUUUAGUGAUAGGUUCUAUAGGAACUGGACGAUCCUAUUUGGUCAAAUACCUAGCGACAAACUCCUAUCUUCCUUUCAUUACAGUAUUUCUGAACAAGUUCCGGGAUAACAAGCCUAAGUUUAUUGAUGAUAGUGACGAUGAUAGUGACGAUAUUGAUGAUAGUGGCGAUAUUGAUGAUAGUGACGAUAUCGACCGUGACCUUGAUAUUGAUACGGAGCUGGAGCUUCUAACUAUGAUGAAUGCGCUAACUAUGGAGAUGAAGCUGGAAAUAGACCAAUUUUAUAUCACCCUUCAAUUCGAAUUAAUAAAAGCAAUGUCUCCUUGCAUAAUAUGGAUUCCAAACAUUCAUGAUCUGUAUGUGAAUAAGUCGAGUCACUUAUACUUUGGUCUAUUAGUGAACUAUCUCUACAGGGAUUUUGAAAGAUGUUCCACUACAAAUAUUCUUGUUAUUGCUUCGACCCAUAUUCCCCAAAAAGUGGAUCCCGCUCUAAUAGCUCCGAAUAAAUUGAAUACAUGCAUUAAAAUACGAAGGCUUCUUAUUCCACAACAACGAAAGCACUUUUUCACUCUUUCAUAUACUAGGGGAUUUCACUUGGAAAAGAAAAUGUUCCAUACUAAUGGAUUCGGUUCCAUAACCAUGGGUUCCAAUGUACGAGAUCUUGUAGCACUUACCAAUGAGGCCCUAUCGAUUAGUAUUACGCAGAGGAAAUCAAUUAUAGACACUAAUAUAAUUAGAUCUGCUCUUCAUAGACAAACUUGGGAUUUGCGAUCCCAGGUAAGAUCAGUUCAGGAUCAUGGGAUCCUUUUCUAUCAGAUAGGAAGGGCUCUUGCACAAAAUGUACUUCUAAGUAAUUGCUCCAUAGAUCCUAUAUCUAUCUAUAUGAAGAAGAAAUCAUGUAACGAAGGGGGUUCUUAUUUGUACAACUGGUACUUCGAACUUGAAACGAGCAUGAAGAAAUUAACGAUACUUCUUUAUCUUUUGAAUUGUUCUGCCGGAUCGGUCGUUCAAGACCUUUGGUCUCUAUCCGGACCCGAUGAAAAAAAUGGGAUCACUUCUUAUGUACUCGUUGAGAAUGAUUCUCAUCUAGUUCAUGGCCUAUUAGAAGUAGAAGGCGCUCUGUUUGGAUCCUCAUGGACAGAAAAAGAUUGCAGUCGAUUUGAUAAUGAUCGAGUGACAUUGCUUCUUCGGCCCGAACCCAGGAAUCCCUUAGAUAUGAUACAAAAUGGAUCUUCUUCUAUCGUUGAUCAGAUAUUUCUCUAUCAAAAAUACGAAUCGAAGUUUGAAGAAGGGGAAGGAGUCCUCGACCCGCAACAGAUAGAGGAGGAUUUAUUCAAUCACAUAGUUUGGGCUCCUAGAAUAUGGAGCCCUUGGGGCUUUCUAUUUGAUUGUAUCGAAAGGCCCAAUGAAUUGGGAGUUCCCUAUUGGGCUAGGUCAUUUCGGGGCAAGCGGAUCAUUUAUGAUGAAGAGGAUGAGCUUCAAGAGAAUGAUUCGGAGUUCUUGCAGAGUGGAACCGUGCAGUACCAGACACGAGAUAGCUCUUCCAAAGAACAAGGCUUUUUUCUAAUAAACCAAUUCAUUUGGGAUCCUGCAGAUCCACGGUCCUUUUUCCUAUUCCAAGGAUCAUCCUUUUGUCUCUGGUGUUUUCACAUCCGAGAAUUCUUUGCAGAUGAAGAGAUGGCAAAGGGGCUGCUUACUUCCCAACCAGCUUUUCCUACAUCUCUAGAAAAACCCUGGUUUAUCAAUAUCAAGAAUACGCAAGAAAAGUACGUCGAAUUGUUGAUUCAUCACCAGAGAUGGCUUAAAACUAGAACCAAUAGUUCAUUAUCUAAAUCUAAGGGAUUUUUCCGUUCUAAUACUCUAUCCCAAAGUUAUCAGUAUUUAUCAAAUCUGUUCCUAUCUAACGGAACACUAUUGGAUCAAAUGACAAAGACAUUGUUGAGAAAAAGAUGGCUUUUCCCGGAUGAAAUGAAAUGA